GGAAGGCAGCGGCCAUGGCGCUCGCGGCCCAGGCGCUGCAGGUGCUGUGCGCCAACGGCGGCUGCCUGGAGCAGGGCGAGCUCCAGCGGCGGCUGCUGGGCCCCCCCACGGCGGAGCAGCUGGCGCUGGCGCUGCGGGACGAGCGGCGGUUCACGCUGGUGCGGCGGCCCGGCGAAGCGGGGCGGGGGGGGGCGGUGGCGGUGGCGGUGGUGGCCACCAGCCCCGUGCGGCUGUGCGGGGAGCGCGGCGCGGGCUGCGAGGGGCGGUGCGGGCGGCUGCACCUCUGCAAGUACCACCUGAAGGGGCUGUGCCGCAACCAGCUGGCGAGGAAGGAAUGCAGGUUUGUUCACAACAUCCACUCGGACCACAAUCUUUCUGUUCUAAGACAAUAUGGACUUGAGUAUUUAAACCGAGAUGAACUGUGCCAGCUUCUGCUUCAAAAUGACCCUUCCCUCUUACCAGAGGUCUGCUUGCAUUAUAACAAAGGUGAUGGACCUUAUGGAUCUUGUACCUAUAAAAAGAUCUGUACCAAACUGCAUGUUUGCCAGUACUUUUUGCGGGGACAGUGCAGAUUUGGCAGCAGCUGCAAGCGAUCCCAUGACUUACUAAAUUCAGAAUGUUAUGAGAAACUGGAGAAACAGGGAAUGACCUCAGACAUUAUUGAGAAACUACCCUCCAUUUAUAGGAAUAUGUAUGACAUAAAAAAUGGCAACAGGAACAUGUGUGAUAUAGAAGAUGCCACAUCUUCACCAUGCAAAGAGAGAAAACACAGCUCUAGCCAAGAGUCCUCAACUGCAAAUGGUGAUGAAUUGGAACAGAUCUGUUUAUAUCAUCUGUACAGAAGUUGUGGCUUUAAAGACAAGUGUGUCAGAACUCAUUUUCACUUGCCAUACAGAUGGCAGUUCUCUGAUGGUAAUACCUGGAAGGACUUGAAGAAUAUGGAAGAAAUAGAAAAAGCAUACUGUGACCCAAAUAACAUCAGAUUUAAUAAUGGUGUUACUGAAAGUGGCUCUGUCUUGCCAUGUAUUUGUUUUCUGAAUAUGUGCUGUGGGUUUGCAAAGGUUAGACGUCUUUCUACAGCCUCCUCUGUGACCAAACCCCCUCACUUCAUUCUUACAACAGAAUGGAUCUGGUACUGGAAAGAUGAAUAUGGCUUGUGGCAAGAGUAUGGAAAACAAGAUGAUGAUCAUGCAGCUGCCACUGUCUCCAGUGAAGACCUGGAGAAAGCUUAUAUAGCCAAAGGUUCUCCAAAGCUGAACUUCAGAGCUGGAAGACAUGAAUAUGAACUCAGUUUUGGAGCCAUGAUUCAGAAAAACCUUCACUACAGAACAGAGAGAGAGAUUUGCAGAAGACCUAAAUUCGUGUCUCAGACAGAGGUGGAAAAGACAAGAGCAAGGGGCUUUAAACAUACAGAAGAGUUUAAGGGUAUUCCAGCUCACUGGGACAAAUCUGCCCUGCCUGAACUGGGAUUCCAGCUGAUUGAGCUUGACAGUUCUUCUGAAGAAUACAAGAAAGUCAAGGUGGACUUUCAACGCACAAUGCCCAAAACAGUUAUUAAAAGGAUUCGUAGAGUUCAGAACCCAUCUCUCUGGGCAUUGUAUCAAUGGCAGAAGGAACAAAUGCAGAAAAGCAAUGGUGGAAAGGCUGCGGACGAGCGAUUUUUAUUUCAUGGGACCAGUAGAAAAUACACUGAAGCCAUCUGUCAGCAAAACUUUGACUGGAGGAUCUGUGGCCUUCAUGGGACAGUCUACGGCAGAGGAAGCUAUUUUGCUAGGGAUGCAUCUUAUUCUGACAAUUACUGCAGGGAAGACUCUCACACCAAGACCAUGUUUCUGGCACGGGUGCUGGUGGGGGAGUUCACUCUUGGUAGUUCUUCUUAUGUCCGGCCUCCCUUGAAGGACAACCAAAACUUCUAUGACAGUUGUGUGAAUAACUCUUCAAACCCCUCUAUCUUUGUCAUCUUUGAGAAGCAGCAGAUUUAUCCAGAGUAUCUCAUAGAAUACAUUGACCAGGCACUGGCAAAAAUGCUAUAGCAGCAAAACCUGUCAUCGUGACGUCUAGCCGAUAUAAACAUUUUUUUUAGUAGGGGCUUAAGAAAGAAAAAGUGAUUUUUUGGAAGUUGUGUAGUUGGGUAGGUGCGUGUUAAGAAACAUUUAUUCUCUGUCCUAUUUUUGCACUAGAAAAUGAAGGGUCAAAAGACACAAAGGAUGUCUUAGAAUUCUUAAAAUCCUGUGCCUGUCUCCUAGUCUUUAGCAGGUAUCAUGUUUCCCUAUAUCGCUGGAGACUUCCAUAAUUUUACUAGGUGAAUUCACUGAUGGUUGUAACAUGAGGAUUGGCUAUGACUGCCAAGUUUAAACAAUAUUUAGUUAUAACUGUUUCAGGAUAGAUCUUCACACAUGGUUGUUGAUCAGAGGCUGUCUCCACCUACCUGCUAAUGUUUUAACUCUAGAUUUGAUAAAACCUGCUUUUUAAAAUAAUCUGUCUCCUGUAACAGUAGACAUUCAAAUGUUUGCAGAUGAGAUUGUACCAUCCCCAUCUCUGCUCAACUCAUUGCAUAAAUUCUUAGCAGCAUUGGGUUUUUUUGUUCCUACUUAACCUUCACCAAGAAAGCCUCAAAAAUUAAACUUGCUUGUUGAAAGGGAACAGAGACUUACUUUCACUUGUUAAUUUUCUCCUUUAAAACAAGUACCAAAGAUGUGAAGGGUUGCCUGGUGCUGUGCUACUCACUUGACAAUGUAUCAAAUAAAACUGUAUUUUAGGUGUUUGAGAACACCUGUUUGUAUUUUAGGUGUGUGAGAACACAAAUUUUUCAUGACUUUCACUGUGCCUACAAAUGAGAGUGUGGUGGCAGGUUCCGGGGGGGAAAAGGAGGCAACUCACCCUGUCAUUUAAGAAUAUCACAGUUAGGAGUGAAGUACACUGCUUGCACUGCCUGAUGAGCAAUACCCUGUUUCUGUUUAUGGUUCUCUUUCAGCUGUUGGGAGGAACAGUGAGUGACUGGCUCUCACUAGGCAUGCUGCCCCUUUGGUUGCAGGGGAUACGCUGGUUACCAGUGUAAUCAGGGUGUCUUUGGAUUCUUUUGCAGGAAAAAUGUGCUUGCUUUGGGAGUCGUCUUCAGCCACAGAGCUGAAACCUUUAAAAAUCUGAAGAUUAAGUUGAAUAUUUAAUUGUUCCCAGCAAAAGAUGUUAUUAGUGUUGACAUGUAUGCAGAUAAUCAAAAAACUUGAACUGUCAAGUAUUUCUUAAGACUGAAGUUGCUGAUGCGUAGACAGAUACUUUAUCACAGCUUUAAUGCUCCUAAAUAAGUACUCAUUAGCCAUGGUGUACUGCAAAAGCCUUAAGAUAUACUUUGUUUAGGACCAAAACCACCUCAUCUCUGCCUGUAUUCUAGAAGCACUUCUUUUUAAUUCAUCUGGAUGAUGAUUGACAAGUGUACACUGGGUAACUUCAUUCCUUCAGCACUGUGAACCAGGAGCUUUGCCAUGAUUAGCUGGAGUAGAGCUGUGCGGAACUCCUUUGUGCAUGAACUGUAAAACUAGCAGCAUGAUCUCUAGGGGGAAAUACUCCCAUUUGUGUUUAAACCCAGUAAAACACAGGAUGUGGGAAAGCAAGCUGACUCUGUUCUUUCUCUGAAACAUUUGUAAUAGACCAUACAUGAUAAAUCUCACAUUGGCAAAUGAGCUUGUCAGCAAAUACUCCAUUCAGUGAGGAGGAUAACAUUCUGUAUGAAAGCUUUCAUACCUGUGCAGAGUAUUUCUGCCAAAACAAAAACCCAUGUUCACCUACAUGUUCAUGGCAAAAGAGAAUACCAGUAGUAUGCCUUUCUUCCUCUGACUAUAGUCAGCAUUUCAGCUAAGAACUGGAAUAGCUAAAGUCACGUUACUAUUUUGCCAGAAAAUUGAAACAAACUUUUUUUUUUGUGCAAAAAGUUGAGAUAUUUUUUAGUAACGGUUUUGAUGGCUAGUAAUAUUUUUAAAACCUUUAACUUAAUUCUUGGAGGGGAUGUAAGUGUGUGUAAGUAAAGUAAUUGGAAUAAAAUGGCUGGUUGUGUUA